AUGGAGGAAACCGAGCUCUGCUUUCCACAGUUAUUUAACACCUCCUGCAGCAGACCCAAACGUACUUACUAUGAAACUAUGAUAAUCUACAUUCUGCUAUCUUCCAUCUCUCUGCUCACAUCAUCUCUAAAUCUGCUGGUCAUCAUCUCUAUCUCACACUUCAGGCAGCUCCACUCUCCCACUAACCUGCUCCUUCUUUCUCUGGCUGUCUCAGAUUUCCUUAUUGGUCUCCUCAUGUUCUUUCAAAUUGUUCUCAUAAAUGGCUGCUGGUUCCUGGGUGACAUUGCUUGUGUCAUAUAUCAGUACUUAGCUUAUAUUAUUACCACAGCUUCAGUGGCAACCAUGGUGAUGAUAUCUAUUGACCGCUUUGUAGCCAUAUGUCACCCCCUUCAUUACAACACUAAAAUAACACAAAAAAAGGUGAAGAUCUGUGUUUCCCUGUGUUGGACCUGGCCUACACUCUUUCAGAGCUUAAAUCUGAUGGAGAACUUCAAACAACCAGGCAUGUAUAACUCCUGCUUAGGUGAAUGUGUCAUUGUCAUUAAUUACAUUGCUGGUAUGGCUGAUCUUAUUUUGUCCUUUGUAGUCCCCAUCACUAUAAUAGUAGUUUUGUAUUUCAGAAUAUUUGUGGUGGCAGUUUCUCAGAUUCGAGCUAUACACUCUCACACUGCAGGAUUAACCCUCCAUGGUUCUGUUAAUGUUAAGAAAUCUGAGAUUAAAGUAGCCGGGUCCCUCGGGGUUGUAGUUGUUGUGUUCCUGAUAUGUGUGUUACCAUAUUUCUGUGUCACACUUACAGGUCAAGAUACUUUACUUAAUGCCUCAUCCUCUGCUUUUGUGAUAUAUUUGUUCUACUUUAACUCCUGUCUAAACCCUAUUGUUUAUGCCUUUUUCUACUCCUGGUUUAGAAAAUCUGUGAAGGUCAUUCUAACACUUCGGAUUUUGCAGCGCAACUCCUGUGAUAUUAACAUGCUGUAAAAACCAUGCACUAAACCAAUGUCAUAAAGAGAAUUUGAAACAUCUUUCUUGAUGGUUAUCAUGUUAAAAUAGCAUAUAAUGGAAAGUAACAUUUUGUAAUCAGUUGGUAUACAUUAAAAUAAACAAUAGUUUGAUUUAUUUAACACCUAUAAAUGAUUGAUAUCCGAGAACAGUCACAGAAGAACAAGUGCAGUCCCUUGCCAAGAAGGCUAGGACAGAGUAUGAUGUCUAA